AUAUGAAAUCUAAUUUGUUUUCUCUAUUACCCCCUGAAAAGAAAAUUGUAAAUAUUAACUACCGACAGCCGUAAUAUGCCGGCCUUAUAUUUAUUUCCCAACUUAAUUGGAAAUUUUUGAAAAUUACUAGUUGCGAUAAAUGCGAUAAUGUUAAGAUAUUUGAAAUUGUUAAACGGCUCAAAGAAUUUGUUUAAGCUGGAUUAUGGGAAGGAGUUCGGAAACAGCAACAUAUUUGGCAAAUCAUGUAAUCCUAUGACACACAAUAAGCUUAAUCAUUUCCGUGCUGAAUAUAAGGCAGCGCUAGGCUUGCUUGCCAGGUCUUGUGAUUUGCAACUAUGUGUUGUGCGAAGAUUACAUUCAAGUAGAAAAGCUUUUACCUCGCAGAAACCGUCGAGUGAUAAAGAAGGUUCUACUGGAAAUGACGACGGGCACAAUUCAAAUAAAAAUGGAAAAAACGGGAACGACAACGAGGAAAAAAUCAAAUCAUUACUCUCUAAGGCUUUGUUAUGGAUGUUUUCGGUUUACAUGCUUGCCGUCUUUUUAUCUUUAAUAAUAACGCCAAGAGCAGAACGUCCCGAGGGCUCGACGAGAUAUGUGUCUUGGAAUGAAUUUGUGCAUUACAUGUUAGCCACUGGGGAGGUAAAGGAAGUUAUUAUACGUCCAGAUAUGGAGAUGGUGACAAUAAUUUUACAUGAAGGUGCUAUAAUCAAGGGUAAAAAGGUUACGUCUACAAUCUUUCACAUGGCUAUAGCAGAUGCAUCCAAAUUUGAAGAAAAGUUGCGCGAAAUCGAAUUACGGCUCGGCGUAACUGAAGGUGUGGCAAUUACAUACGACAGGCAAAGUGACAUCACAGGGCGUAUUUUGGUGUUAAUUUUGUUCUUUGCCUUACUUAUGUCGAUUGCAUCGAGAAUGAAGGGCGUCAGAAGUCCCAUAAGUAUGGAUUCUUUUUCGCAAAUGGGAAGGGCCAAAUUUACUCUAGUGGAUCCUUUUGAUGGUGGAAAGGGAGUCCUUUUCAAAGAUGUUGCGGGGUUGCAGGAGGCCAAACAAGAAGUUAGAGAAUUCGUUGAUUAUUUAAAAGAACCCGAAAAGUACCAACGGUUGGGAGCAAAAGUACCUAAAGGAGCUUUACUCCUGGGGCCACCUGGUUGUGGAAAAACCUUAUUGGCAAAAGCUGUUGCUACUGAGGCCCAAGUACCUUUUCUAAGUAUGAACGGAUCAGAGUUCAUAGAAAUGAUUGGUGGCCUCGGAGCAGCAAGAGUACGGGAUCUUUUUCAAGAAGGUAACAAACGAGCUCCUUGCAUAAUCUAUAUUGAUGAAAUCGACGCAAUCGGCCGACAUAGAUCAGGAACGGAAAAUAUAGGCCAAGGAGGCUCAGGGGAAUUAGAACAAACUUUAAAUCAACUUCUGGUUGAAAUGGAUGGCAUUUCCUCUAAGAAUGGAGUACUUAUGCUUGCAAGCACUAACCGUGCUGAUAUAUUAGACAAGGCGUUGCUUCGUCCAGGUAGAUUCGACCGUCAUAUAUUAAUUGACUUACCUACUCUUCAUGAACGCAAAGACAUUUUUGAGAAACAUUUAUCAAGUGUUAAAUUAGACUCUGAGCCGGCGAAGUUUUCAGAAAAGCUUGCACGUUUAACUCCUGGAUUUUCGGGAGCUGAUAUAGCCAAUGUGUGUAACGAAGCGGCUCUACAUGCAGCUCGAAAUUGUCAAAAAAAAGUAUCCGCAUCAAACUUGGAGUAUGCAGUUGAGCGACUUGUGGGAGGCACUGAGAAACGAUCACAUGCGCUUUCACCAGUGGAGCGAAAAGUUGUUGCUUAUCACGAAUCAGGACAUGCUCUUGUAGGAUGGCUUCUGCCUAAUUCUGACAUAUUAUUAAAAGUAACAAUAGUGCCUAGAACAAGUCUGGCUUUGGGAUUUGCACAAUAUACACCUAGCGAACAGAAACUGUAUAGUAAAGAGGAGCUGUUUGAAAAGAUGUGUGUCGCACUUGGUGGGAGGGCGGCUGAAAAUUUAGUAUUUAAAAGAAUUACAACUGGAGCACAAAAUGAUUUAGAAAAGGUUACUAAAAUCGCGUAUGCGCAGAUUAAAAAAUUUGGAAUGAAUGACAACCUGGGGCCUAUGUAUAUAAAAGAUGCAGAUGAAAUAGGAAGCUACAGUCAACCAUUUUCGAAAAACUUGCAGAGGAUAAUUGAUAAAGAAGCUCGGGACCUUGUACACAGUGCCUAUCAUAAAACUGAAGAUCUAUUGAGGAAGAAUAUGGAUAAACUGGAAAAAGUGGCUGAAGCGUUGCUGGAAAAGGAAACGCUAUCAUAUGAAGAACUAGUUACUUUGAUCGGACCACCUGCUUAUGAACUAGCAAACAGAGCAGUGGAGUCUGUUGAAUUCGAAAAGUCUUUAAAAAAUUUGAGUGAGAAUGAAUAAUAAUGGACUUAUUGUGAGAACCUAAAAUAUAAUAAAAAAGUUUAAAUGAAAAAAGAAAGAAAAAAAAUUAAAAAGUUAGAAUCAAA